CAUCAAGAAAAUGGCUUCCCAUCUCUCUAAAGCACAAAUCCCCAUUUUCUUCGUCAAACAUUUCUCUCUUCUCUUUUCCAUUUCUCUCACAGACCUUCAAUGGCGAAACCCACAAACCAGCUUCGGAUUUUAGCACCUCCUGAUCAUGAUUCUCCUCCCCUUAAACCCCCUUUCAGAGCUCCUUCCUCUGCUUUCAUGGCUAACAAUCACUCCACACCUUCAAAGCUUGAUUCCGCCAUAGCUGCUGCUCCUAAUCCGUCUCCCUUAUCCAGCCACAUCCCAUUUUCCACACAGAAAACUGGGUUUUCAUCUCAAAGAUCAAUGAAUUUGAACCCACCUCCAGCUCUGUCCGUUUCUUCUAUGGUGAAAUCAAAACCCCAUCUCCAAAAAAGUGCUUCUGGCGGGGAUGAGAAAUUGAGUAAGGUGUGUAAAGAGUUGGGUAGGAAGAAGUUUUUUUAUGAGAAGAAGGAAACUAAUGAUGGGGUUGAUGAUAAGAGAGGUCUCUGUCUUGUGGUGAAGGAGAAGGAAUUGAAAGAGCCUCAAAAAGGGCAUGAUCUUGUCAGUUUGAAACCAACAGUUUCUUUACUUCGAAAGGGUGGGAGAAGGAGAUCCUUUGCUGGUUCACAAGUUGAAUUGAGUGAUAUUUUAGCCAAAAAUGGUGUCAAAGUGGUUUCUGUUGAUAUGCAACCAGCUAUGCAGAUUCAUGCUGUGGAUUGUGCAAGAAAGGCUCAUGAUAGUAUGGAGAAGUUCACUUCCAAGACUCUUGCUUUAUCUCUCAAGAGGGAAUUUGAUGGGGUGUAUGGUCCGGCUUGGCACUGCAUCAUAGGAACAAGUUUUGGGUCUUUUGUGACUCAUUCAGUUGGUGGUUUCUUAUAUUUCUCAAUGGACCAAAAGCUGUAUAUUCUAUUGUUCAAAACUUCCGUACAAAGAGCUGAUUGAAAUUGAAGUAGAUGUCCAAAACACAGCUGGGAAAUCCAAUAAAUUUGGCAUAUUAGAGUUUAAGAAAGGUAAAAGAGACCGUCCAUCCGAAUACUUGUACAUUGAUUAUGAUAAGAAACACACCAACAAUACAAAAUAUGUUUUUAGAGAUCUCUUACAAGCUGUUUACUGAACGAUUUUAUUGAAAUUAUUGAGGUUUAGUGAUAGAAUAACCCUUACUUUUACA